UUUCAAGUGAUUGGAUUUGCUGUCACCUUACGAUAUAUACUUGUUGGCACAUAGCGCUUUAGCCGGCACCCCUACUUUUGUAUCCUACCCUAAACCAUCCUUAUCGGUCAAACAAAAAGGCAGAAAAGGAACCAUCAGCGCCAUGUCCAAAGAACCAAGAGAGUCAAGCAGGCAUCGUCAUAGAAGGGACUCCUUCACAUCCGUUCUCUCGUGGGCAGGGUUACAGCCAAGAUCCAGCCUUACCAAGACAUCCACAGCAUCUUCUUCGUCCGACUCAUCACCACCAUCCCCAUCCCACCAUGGCCUGUCAAGGGGUCGUAGGCACAGUUCCAGUGCCGAUGAUAAAAAGAAGUCACGUAGACGCUCAAUGGCUUUACGGAGAUUCUCUAUAUCAGUCCCCGGUGCUGCCGCCGUCGACGAAGACGGUCUCACUAAGACCAAGCUUAAAAAGGCCCCUUCCUGGACGCUGGACAAUAAGGCAUCGGAAUCUUCUUCCAGGACGUCCACCAAGGCCGCAUCAACAGACGCCGUCAACCAGACAAAUGCAUCAGCAUCAAAGAUCUCUGACCAAAACACAUCAGCGGUCAAAGAAGAAGCUUCCAACGGGGACCAUUCCGAAGAAAAAGCUAGCAAAGAGAAGCUCACAAGUCCAACCCAACAACUUCCCUUGCCUCCCCCACCAAAGCCCAAGUCAAUCCUCCGAGUCGCCAGUCCAGAUGGACGGAAACCACCACCACGCAAGAUCCCUUGCUUUUCGACCACGCUCCCAGAGUAUGAUCCCAGGAAGCCCACAGCAGACCACGCCUGUCUUGUGCCUCUACCGGAGUCUAGCUUAACCUCCAUUACCGGCUCGGUAUCUUCGUCAGAAUCAUCCGUCUGCAGGCCUGGAAAGCAUGGAGCCGCCACCGUUCGAUUCGCCACGGCAACGGUGCACAGGGUUGAGGUCGGACCCGGACGUCGGUUCCUCCCAGUGAAGCGCAAGAGCAAGAGCACAGUCACCUACAUCUCCCGCUUUGACGACGAAAACUCCCUCAAGAAGAACCUCACGAGCCCGACGAAACAACGAAGGCAUCGGGCGAACCAAGCAGCGAUGGGGCGGUACUGGCAAAGAACGGAGGAAGAGGAGGCUCUAGAACGGGAAGAGGCGCGGAAGAGAGCUGAGCAAGAAGCCGAACAGUAUCGAGCCGAGCCUUCUAGUCCCCCUGAUCCGGAUCUUAUCAGCAAAAAUGGCACAACACCACCCAGUCCGGAAUUGGCUGCGACGGAUGAUAAGCUCGAGGAGAUAUAUGUGGAUGACGAGAAGCCAGAGUCUGACAGCCCGCGGAGAGCGAAGAGGGAUGCGUCUCCGGCUUCAUACAGGUCGUCAAGCCUCAACCUGGCAUUGCCUGCGCCCGAACCUGACACAGGCUUCCCGUCUGACGAUUUGACAUUGGAAGAAGAGCUGGAAGCACAGCAGGAGAAUUACAAGGCAGAGCCGGUACACAUCAAUAUCAGGAUUGCAGCAGCAGAAACCGGAGAUUGGCCCUUGGCUGACCUGGAGUCUGAACAAAUUCAUCAAGAAGUCCAGACAUUGCUGGAGAUCAAGACACCGAGGGGAAUCGUCUUGUCACCGAUUGCAGAGGAAUUCGCCAUUGACGACGAGGAAGAGAGUGACAGCGGCAGCGGCAGUGAUAGUGAUAGCGAGCUCCUAGAAGAAACCACCGGGACCGACGCCUACCAGGAACCCGAGGAACACACGCCACUAACAAUGCCCCCAACACCACCACGCCAGUCAACCGCUCUACUCCUAUCGGAAGAACCCGAAGAACAAAUCACCACCCAGGAAGACUCCACGGACGACGACAACGACACUUCGCCUUCAAGCUUUCUCACCCCAGAAAACCAAAGCCUCGGACAAAAAUGGUCCAGCCCCCGCCUCCGUCCCACCGUUAAUAACGUCCCCUCCAAGCGCCACAACAACACCCACACCCAUCAUGUCCCCUCACCACCCGCAACUCCUCCAAAGAAACAACACCCCUCGCCCAAAAUCCCCGCCUUCACCAUCCCCAUCCUAAUCCCCAAAAUCACCAUCGGCGAGAAGGACGAUAAUCAGGGGCAUAAACGGUCUUCGUCGUGGGGACACAGACGAUCGUCGUCCUCCUCCUCGUCUUUGUCUGAUAAGAACGACAAGAGAAGCGGGUCGCCAAUGGGGAAGGGGAGUAGUAGUGAUAGGGAGUCGUCUCCGGGGAGGUCGAAUAGGUUGCAUUUGUCGGGGAGGAGGAAGAAGACCUCGAGUCGGUCGAGUUUUGGGGAGGAGGGGUCGAAGAGUCAUCAUGGGCAUGGGCAUGGACAUGGACAUGGGCAGCAUGGGGUGCAUGGGGUGCAUCAUACCUCUAAGCAGUCUAUUGCUGUCUAAGUUGGGGAAACAGACAGGAACCUGACCUCCACUCCCCAACGGGUAACUGCCAUUACCUCAUUUGCGUGUUUUGCUCGCGAGGUUCGAUCGAUAAUCUGGAUACAACUGGUCAUCAACCACGAA